CUAGCACAAACAGCUGUUUUAAUUUAUAAGGUGGGGAAACGUCAACAAAGUUAUUUUUCAGACUUAUCUCAAAAUUCACGUUAAUAUCGAUGGAUAAUUAGGAAAAGUGCAUAGAAAUGAUGAUUUAAAAAAAUGCUGCUUAAAUUAAUAAUAUUGGUUUUGUUAGUAUUUUUACUGGCAUAUUGUAUUCUACCAAAGGGAAUCAGUUGGUAUCUAGUUAAAAAAUUUAAGGUAAAAGUACGAAUUGGAAGUAUUAGUUUACGUUAUCUUGCGUUGCGAAAUGUAGAUGUCAGUAAAAGUGGAUUUAUUGUGCAAAUUGAAGAAGUUUGUCUUCGUAGCAGCUUUUUUAACACAGAGGUUACCAAGCUGCUAUCAAUCUAUAUACGAGACAUACGUAUAAACAAAGAUAUACAGAGCAAUGAUGUUACAGCAGAAUCACUACGGGAUUCUGAGCGUCUGCAUAAUAAAGCUCGCCAGGAGGAGGAAAAAGAUGUGCCAGAUUUUCGGCGAGCUAAAGUACCACCAAGUAUACUGACGUUCGCUCAGUUUAUGGCUAUGCACAUAAAUAAUAUUUCCGUAGUACUUAUGAAUAACAAUUUCGAUCCGGGCUGGUUCAUACAUGCAACAGCUAGGGAGUUACAUCUAGAUGGCAGUAUUGUGCAUAACGCUAAAACUUUAUUAGUUAAUGCGGCGCUUAAUGAUGCUCAGGCGAAAAUGUUAAGACAUUGUCCUUCACGUCGACAGUCUUUGGAAAAUCUAAAUAAGAUACAACCUUGUUUGGGCGAGAUUAGCUUCGACAUUGCCUUAGAUGCCACACUAUUUGCGCAAGGACCUUUGUCUGUGGACAAACUCUCUUUGGCAAUGAAUAAUGCACGUUCCACCAUACACGGUAGUUUAUACGACUUCCUAAGUGAGGCGAAGCAACGUACAAAACCACAACAAAAUUUAGAGAGCAGAGUGAUAAGUACGGCUAAUUCACUUUCGCAGCGUCGAAAGAGCUUCAGUAACGAGUCAUAUCAGAAGAUCUCACCCAUCAUACCUAAGAAUUUCAAUUUUGUGAUCAAAGCAGCUACCUUUUCGGCAGUGAAAGAGAAUUCCCAAAAUGAUUUUAGCGCAAAAAUUCAAUUGUUCAGUAUUACUGGGAAAUUCAAUUCGAAAUCACUGAAUGAAAAUGCACAUCUUCCAACAUUGCUUACCAAAGUGUUACUACAGCACUUGGACAUUGAUACUAAAUAUGAAAAGUUACUAUUUAUUGAACAAUUUACUAUUGAUUCCGUGCUGGAAAACGAUAUACUAAAUUUAUAUGUCAUGCUUAAAACAUUCCAAAUAAUCUAUAAUCAUUGUGAAAUAUACGAUUGGGUACACAAUAACUUUUUGUCGCGUCAGCGUAUAAGUCAACAGCCGUUACACUUAAAUGUAACGAAACGCUCAUUGUCGGAACAUUUAGGGGCGGACACAUUAUAUGCAGCACCUAAUGAGAAUAUACUGGAUCCGCUGCUUAUAACGUCCAAACCGGCGCAUAAUGGCAUACUUGAGGGUAUAUUAAAGCGCAUAGUGGUUAAAGGCUGUGCAGAGUUCUGGAACGUUUCCGUGCUGAUGAAGUUGGACGAUGAAAACGCUGCUAUGAGCGUUAGUCAUACAAGAUUCCUAUUGGAACAAAUCGAAGAGAAACGCAGCUCCUUAUAUGGCAAUCGACUUUUGAAUUUGCUCUUGAAUCAGCGUCAUUGGAGCACAGAAUUAAUGAUUGAAUCAUUAUGGUGGUCCUUGGGGAAUUCCAUAAAUGACACCAACAAUUUGAAGAAAUCACAUUCUCCAGGCUCGCCAUUUUUUCUCGGACUCAGCUUGGUGAAAUUGAGUUCAUACGCAAGUGUCACGAAAUUAGAGGUGUCUAUACACACUCUACGCACGGAAUAUAGUAUGAGUCUUGCUGAAUUUAUAGUGAAGUCUGUCAAUUGUAUAAAACAGUAUGGUGGUCUUAAUUCCACCGAAAGUGGCAUUGGCAAGCGUGUGUCACGUGUGCAAAGCGUCGGCACAAAUUCCAUAUCUGAUGGUGGUUUAUUGAUAUCAGCACGCAUCAAGGACAUCACAGCAUAUUUUAUCAAUCACCAUCAAGCUUGUCUGCUCCUAAGCUUCUCAGACAUAUCGCUAUCGCGUAAGCAACAGGUGUCCAGCUUUAAAUUUGAGGAUUUUCAAAUGGCCAUAAUGCGUUCAAUGAAUUCUUCAUCCCUAUGUCUUAAUGACUUCACCGACAUAUUCGCUAGCUGUAAAACAAUACGCAUUGAACAUGAAAAAAGCGAGAACAAAGUGUCGGUCUACAUUCCAAGUAAUACGGAGGCCAUGUGGAAUGCCAAUUUGCAUAUGCACAUAUUGACUUUGGCACGUGACAUGAGCGAUUUGCGCACCGAGCUGGCUUUGCCGCAGCACGCGGUAGAAGUGAAGAUGUCGCAUGCUAAAAAAAAGUGGAUCAUCGAACUAUCCGCUGAAUUGAGCACGGUAUUCGAGAUUAAACUCUCCGAACGGCAUACGAUGCAAUGGUUUGUGGAGAAUUUAUUCUUCAGUCACAAAGAAGCGAAUUUCAUCUCAGCGGAAAAUCUUUUCAUCAAAAUCGAUGAUCAGCACAUAUUUACAUUGAAGGAAAUCGAUGUGCAGUCGCUACCACGCUUGGAUAUGCUCACGCAGGAGCGUGUGAAUUGCGAGGGCUUUGUGCUGCCCACGAACAAAGUGUGGGUAACAACAAUUGGCGCCUUUAAGGCCAUCUUUCCCUACGAUCACGAUUUUUAUGACGCGGUGCAAAAUGAGUUCGUGUCGCAUUUUAAAUGGCUGAAAUUGGUGCAUAAUUACAAGAAGAAACCGUUUACCGCUAGCUCACCGCUGCCCAGCGAUAUGGUCAUACAAAUCAAAGAGUUUUUGCUCGAAAUCAGCGACGAUCCGUUCGAGGUGAAAUUGCGUGACAAUUACGUGCUGCUUGUGGAUGAAUAUCUGGAGGGUCUGAAACGCAAAGCUAUAUUCGAUAAGAAAAUCGCUGAACGUUGUCUGGUGCCAGCGAGCACAAUAGAAAGUCUCUAUGCUAGUUUAGUGCAAAAAAAUUCCGAAAUUUAUAUACAACGCUCGAAGAAAAUACGAGAGAGUGGGCCGGUGCGGACGCGCCUACUGGCAUGGAUUAUGACGGAUGUGGAAAUAAUGGCAAUGGCCGAUCCAUCGCUACAUGGCACCGAUAAUGUGACGCGUAUAAUGCGCGACAUUGACUGUGAAACGCCAUGGCCGGAGGAGGGCUUGGAAUUCACCACACUAUGGUGCCGCAGCGUGAAUAUUAGCUGCACAGAGUGGAAAUUUAUGCUGCGUGAUUUUCCACAACCCAUGUUCUAUGUUAAAUCAAUGCGCCUAUUUGGUAAUUUAUGCGGCGCUGAGCAAGCAGCAUCGAAGCGUGCUAAGCGUGAUGUUUUCAUAGAAGUUGGCGAGCCCUUCGGCACAGAUGUGAUACAGCGCAGCAUGCCGUCGCAGAAAUUCUAUCACGAUUUCGAUUGUGAACUGGAGUUUUGCAGCUAUGCUUUUGGUCCCUGCUGGGAGCCAGUGAUGGCGCAGUGUAAUCUUAGUUUCGAGAAAAUUUCAGCACCCUCGAAAGAUCCAAGUCCGCCUUUGCCUUUUUGGGAUAAAAUGCGCUUGCUGUUUCACGGGCGUCUAACAAUGAUUGUUAAGCAAUUCACAGUUUUGUUGCAUGCCUCUUUGGAUCCCUACAAUACAACCGAGGAAAUGGAACUUACCUGGAACAAUGCCGGCAUUGUGUGGACAAAUGCGAAAAUCAUGUUCAAAGGUGAACUAAAUAUAACGGUACGUACAGCAUCACGUUACGACGAUUGCCGCCUGCUGCACUUUCCCAAUCUGAAGCUAACAUUCAAAUUAAAUUGGGUUUGUCUGGCCAAUCCAAAUGAUCAUCACGCCGUUAUGCCUUGUGCGCCCGACAAGUUGCCCGAGUAUUCCAGCAAUCAAGUGCAUGACUCAUUUCGCGCCUUCCGUUCGCUUAAUCUAAAUAUUUGGAUUUCAUUUGAAACGAAACCGAAACAUGGCGAGGAGGUGGAAAUCGAUAUUCCAAGCCUGGUUCUGUACGGCAGCACUUUGCGUUGGUUCGAGAGUCUCAAGCUUAUACUGUCCGGUGUGACGCGUCCCACACGACGCGGCCCGGUGUUUAACAAUGUGCGUCCACGCAAAAAACAACUUAGUCGCCAUUAUAAGAAAGCAAAUCUACAAAUGAGCUUACAUCACUUUCAAGUACUCUAUUGGAUGUCACAUGCGUUGCAUAAGGGUUUCCAAUUAAACGGCGGUCGUGUGUCAUUUAGUUCUGAAUAUUGUUUAUCGCUAUGCCCGAUCGAUGAUGGGCUGAUUCACAGGCCGCGUGCUGACUGGUCGACCGUGUAUAUGAAUUGUGAAUUGAAUGACGCUGAAAUAUGGUUGAAGAGCAUACUAACCGAGAAACUCGAUAGUAGUGCGGAAAAUUUGGCCAGUGUGGGGGAUGCCUUCAAAAUAGUGCGUUUUUACUUUUUAAGCGUGGCCAAAGUGUCGUACGGACGUGAGGCGCUCAUACAAACCGGCAGCAGUCAAGAGGAGGAGUCGAAGACAAAAAAUACCACACCCACACAUAAAUUAGUCGUUUACGAUCUGAAAGGCGCGUGGACGAAAAACAAUCGUGAUGUGGCGUUUGCGCUUUUCGAUUCGUUCAUGAAGUCACAGAAGCUUAAGAAUAAUCUAUCCACAGAGGCCGUGAAGAGCUAUCGCAAGGAGACUAAUUCGAAUGUUAUUAAAAAUAAGCGUAGCGAUAGCACAAUCACACUCACAAAUAAUCCAACAGAGGUGUUACCAAUUACCAAUACCAACAGCGCCAUCAAGAAGGUGCAACCCGCCAGCCAUGCAACGGCAAUGCUGCAGCAGCUAAUAGCUGAGGCCGAUCACAAAUUCAACGUUUACAGCGACGAUCAAAGCACACAAUCGCGCGAAUUGCAGCUACAAGGUUUACAAGCAUGUUCGGCGCAAGAUGUGAUACAUGAGAAUUGGUCCAUAUCGUUGGUUAAUUCGCAGGUGUUGCUUAAGGGUUGUGAGACAUCGGGUUAUGUAAUUAUUAGCGCAGCGAAAGCGGAGAUUCUGCAACGUGUACACCGUCCCGUUUGGCGUGAUAGAUCGCUGGUAUCCAAGACGACCUGGAAGGGUCUGCUCGAAUGCAUGCAGUACUAUGCCACAGUGAGCGCUGGUGAAGAUGACUCGCUCAUUGAAAAGGAAAUCAUGUGGCUGACGGUGGAUAACAUUCAGGAUAAAGAUGAUACUGUGAUCAAUGAUUUGCCAGACAUUCCGCAUCUAGUCGGUAGUGGUCGCAGUGUGGGCGGUGUUGUGUCGGAGACUGUGGGUGCCUUAUCGAUUGAGAAUCCGGGUGAAACACAGCCUGUGCAGCUGCAACGUAUUGUUUCGCGUUGUAAAUGUGAAUUCUUCUACGUCAGCUAUGGCGAUACGAUCGAUCCAAAUUCCAUAACCGAAGUACCGCCACCACCAUCCGAGGAAACGCUAUCACCGUGGGAGAAACAAGACGAUCCAGUGGAUGCGUUCACUUUAAUGCAUCACGAUCUUGAUGUCUGCACGAAUUCCUUGCAAUAUGCUAUGAUAUUAGAUAUUGUAAACAAUCUGUUGCUUUACGUUGAACCGCAACGCAAACAGGCUUUGGAGAAGUUGGCGCGCAUGCGUUUUCAACUGCAGCUACACUCCACGGAGGAUCAAAAGCGACCGAUACAACAGAAACAAACCAUGAUACGCAGUUUAUUGAUGAAAAUCCGUUCGCUGGAGAAGGACAUACAUCUCAUCGGCAAGGAUCGUGCGGAAGAGGGCGACACGCUAGAGCUGAGACACGAAUUCGAACGUGUGCAAUUGCAAAUACGCGAAAGUAAAGAGGAAUUGAAUACGCUCAGCGAAGAGCUCGAUAUGAUGUUGUUGUGCUAUAAGGAAACACAGCUGUCGCAGCUAAGCAAAAUAUCGAAUGUGCGCUCCGACAAAUCGUUAACCAUCGUGCGUGCAAAUGAGAUCUGCUUUAAGCGCGCACAGUGGCGUCUCACAGAAACCGAUGGUCAAAUCGGCAUAUCCGAUCUGGUGCUUAGUGGCUUUUUGUAUACGAAAAAAUCGAAAAGUGACGAUUCCGUGGAACAUUUACUUGAACUGGGCAAUAUACGUAUGAGCAAUUUGAUACCGCGUGAGAUCUAUCGAGAAGUCUUAAUGCCCACAGAAAUCCAAAAAGAUAUGCCAAUCGAUACGCAUAAGCGUGUGUUGCGCGUCUUUUGCCGUGAGAAACCGCCAGUGGGUGGCAUAUCGGUGAAGGAGCAUUUCGAAAUUAAUGUGGCGCCCAUCACUAUUGCUAUAACGAAAAAAUUCUACAGCACCAUGUUGAAAUUCUGUUUUCCCGAUCGCGACGCUUCCGAAACGGAGACUGUAGAUGAUAUUGAAGAGAAUUCCUCCAGUUCCUCCUCAUCAUCGGCCGUGCAAACGAAAACCACCAAGAAACCAUCGAAAACCAAAAAGAGUUCGAAAGACUCGGAAUUCUAUGUGAAAAUCGAAAAAGACGAUGUGGAAAAGAUGAAAGAGCGUGCUGAGAAGAAUAAAUUGUUUAUCUAUAUAAAAAUUCCAGAAGUGCCUGUGCGUGUCAGUUACAAAGGCAACAAAGAGAAAAAUCUUGAGGACAUAACAAAUUUCUCGCUCGUCAUACCAACACUUGAAUACCACAAUGUCACUUGGACCUGGCUUGAUUUGCUAUUAGCUAUGAAAUCAGUGAGUCGUCGCGUGAUAUUAUCACAGGCAAUCAAGCAGAAAUUACAAAUACAUCGACGGCAACCAGGUACAUCGGCUGGCGAACGUUCGUCACCGCAGGAGGAAGACAAAGCAAAAAUGCUGUUUGGUAAUCGCUUAUUGAAUGAAAAUCGCAGCCAAAGAAGAGGUGUUUUCAAAUUCACCUCAAGUAACAAGUGAUACGCCGUGAUAACUAUGAGAUUUAAGUGCUGAAAUUAUACACAUACAUUACACUUUACAUAGAUACAUACAAUAUAAAUACAUACACACAUACGUACCAUAUGAUCAAAAUUGACCCGGACUGGUACAUUUAAAAUCCGAAUCGUUACAAAAAACACUAGAUUGGUACAACCUCUUUUUUACUGCUCAUGUAGCAAGGGUUUCGCAGCUGUUUGUUCACGACGCGAAAUGUUUGUCUGACGAUUUGUACUAAAAACUUUAACAACGAAUUUGCUCGAAAUUUUGUGUUUCAAUUUUGGGUUUCAACGGCUACGUCAACAUUGGAGAUGACGCAGAAGUGCUUCGGGUAGCCUACUUUAGCACGAACACAAAUAUUUUAGUGGUACAAGGCCUUCAGUGCAGGUCGUGAAGUCAUCGAAAGCUUGCCUCAUAUUAGUUGUCCGGAGCAACUCAACAUCUCUGAUGGACCGACUCAACACAUUUCGGUUAGAUUUUUUGGGUAGGAAGCAUUAAAUGCCAGACUCGUACUGAAAGACCUAAAUCUUUUGCAAAAAACCACGUCGAGUGGAAGUCGCAAAAGUGAGGCUUGACAACAUAGCUGAGGACCCUACAUUCAGUAGAGUUACUGGUGAUGAAGCAUGGGUGUAUUUAUCUAGCGAAUAGCGCUCCAAUUAAAUGAACCGAAACCGAAAAAACCAAAAUUCUGAAAAUGAAAAUAUUGCAGGUCAUUAAAGUCGUGGCAUAUGGGAAAUUGGAUUAAGCGUUGGCGUACUUGUAUUGACUCAGGCGCCUAUUUUGAAGGCGAUAAUAAAGUUUUGUAAUCCAGUUUUUGAAAAUCCAUUUUUUUUUUUCAGUUGGGUUCAAAUUUGAUCCGAUGGUAAAUACCUACAUCCAACCAGUGUAGAAAAAUACAACAACACUUCUAUUUAUUGUAGUUUUAUUAAGGUGAAUUUAGAUUUCUUUAACACAGUUACAUUUUAAAUUAAUUUUAGUUAUACACAACACUAUAAUGCUAGUACGAACAUUUGUAUCAUAACCAUUAAAAAACUACUAUAAUAAUAAUUAAUGUAUUUUAAUUAGCACACUUUAUGCAAUAUGUAUAACCCUCACAAAAACAGUCAAAAAAAAAACAGAAAAAAAAUAAAAAUUACGAAACAAUAAGUGUAUAAGAAAAUAUGAUGCUAUGCAGUAAUGUAAAAUAUACUGUAAACACUAGAUGUCUAUUAAAUGUUAUCUAUGCCGUUACAUACAUAAGUUUUGUGUGGUUCCUUACUUAAACAAUGGUUAAGAGAUAUUACAGUAAAAUUGCUUUAGAAUUACUAAAUUUCAAUAAUUUCUAUAUUUUUUUUUUUUUUUUUUUUUUUACAAAGUUCACAAAAUAGAUAUCCAUUUUGUUUGUGAAUAUCAAAAUCGUUUUACAUACAUAUUCCUUAGUUUGUUGUUAUACAUAUCUAUGUUAAACACCGUAUUUUCGACAUUCUCAAACUAUUUAGCCUAAAUAUUAAACAGCAGAUACUCGACGCCGCGCACUAAUUACACUGCAAUCCUUAUUUAUUUUAACUGUUGCUUCAGCGGUGGCUGCAAUAGAGAAGAACAUACAUUUGUAAACAAAAAGUGAAGAAAUUUUAGUAACAAUAAAAAGCACUUGCAAUUGUUUUAUGUGGAAA